UGAACAGCUUGACAGCGGUGUUACUACAGCGAAGCGAGUCAGCGAUUCCGUUUGCGGCCGGGACAUACUAGAGAGCACUUGCCUCGGAACUUCUCGGUACUUUGCGUUGACCCGGCCCGCCUUGAACAGGGGAUCGACCCAAAGAACGCGACCCGGGAGACGCUGCUCCAGCAGAUUUCCCACAAUGGUGAUCCCGGCGGGCCCGCCGCCUACCACGACCGCACUGUACUUUGCACCCUCACGAGCCAUUGCGACAUAGUGGCGGCCCAUGGCGAUACGGAGCGCAUGCCGCGCCUUUAAAGGAAGCCGUAGGCGGCGCAAAGAGGAAGGGGGGCACGGGGGAAAGAGGAGGGGGUAUCAGGAGGGGUUACCGAGUGCGCGUUGUUGGUGCAAUCCGCAGCGGGCGUUGCGUGCUGCACCGAAUCGACGCGGCCAAGCCCUACGCUAUGCCCGGAAGCGGAGCGCGGGCCGUACCGACACCACCACCGCCCACGCAACGACUCUCAUCACCACUGUCGCUGCGACAAGCCUGCGCGUCUUCGCACGAUCUUCGCCCCUCGCCCUCCCACUCCGAGACACGCGAGUUUCGCCGCUCCCCAAGGCAGCUAAUCACAUCAUUGCGUUUUGUCACCGAUCAGUCGGGGCGGGCCUGGCCGCCUGCGUCAGCUCCAGCAACUGCAAUGCGCUUCUCUGUUCCUCGGCCGAGGUUACGCGGUUGACGUGUUUGUUGCGUCUGCGUCUCCUGAGUGGCCGGGCUCGACUGCCUUGUUGGGAGAAGAGACUGCGUCAGAAAGGUAUACGCCUCGGCACUGCAUACGCAUUGCAGCGGCCUGCGGGUCGUUCGAUUGGCUAAUCCGUUUCAACUGCGCUUUGAAAGUCGAGACUAUCUAGCAUACGGCAUGGUUCUAGACGCAGGUAGGGGGCAUGAUGGCGGGUCUGCUGAUUUGUAGCUGUGCAGACGCCUCGGAAAUAGCCACGUGCUCGUAUCGUGGCGGCGCCAAGCUAUCUAAUCGCUGUGCUCCUAUCGGGCACCAGCUCGAUACGGCGGGGAUUGAACUUCGU